UCACAUAUUCAUAGAGAGUUGUCACGUGACGUCAGCAGCGCGUAUUUCUUGUCGGCUCAUUUUCCGAGAGGAAGCAGGAAAGCGACGGAAAUAGGAGGGGGAGAAACGGCCAUCCCUUUAAGAACAACUGGGACAUAGCGGAGAGAGGAAAGGAGAGGAGGGGGUAGAAGAAAGAGGAAUUAAAAAAGAAAAGGAAGAAAGAGACAGGGAAGGGAGGGAGGAGAGAGAGAGCGCGCGAUAAAAAAAGAAAGAUGACAUCCUGUGAAUUGAAGCGCCGAGGUGGAGCGGCGGGCUGCGGCCGGGCUCGAGUGUUAUUCGUCCGGGUCACGGCUUGAAUCCGACAGCGAGGCUUCGACAAACACCCGAUUGGCCUGUCGGGGGGAUCGAGGGAAAAAAACACUGAUUUAUCCACUGCAGCCUUUAAGUUUGACUAUUUGAAAUGCGUCAAGCGCAUUACGUCUAACCGCUGUUUUAACGUCUGAACGCCUCAGAUGUUGUUUGAUAGUGCAUGAUGCGAGAGUGGAAAUAAGAUUGCAGCUUUCGAUUUUUCAGUCAUGCAAAUGAUUAAAUAGCACGUUGUUGUGAUGUCUCGUGUUAAAGUUGAUCAGGAGAAACACUAAACAGUGUGCAUUAUUGCCUGCUAAUCUGGGCCGUGAGUUAAAUAAGUGAUCGGCGGAGUGCUAGUAAACACAUCCAGACAGCAGAUAGACUGGUGUCAGUGAUGCGCUAUUAAUCUUCAUGAUUGUGUAGUUGAUUAUAAUAUUCAUCGCUCUGGAACAAAAUGGAUGCCGCGUGGAGCAAUUUUCUCUUCCAGACCACACCUUCUCACACCCAAGUGGAGGGGACCCUCCAAUCAGAACUUCUGCCUGUCCACACGACCUCUCCUCAAGCCCCGCCCACAGACCACAUGGCCCCGCCUCCGUCGACAGUGGACACUGCAGCUCUGAAUGAGGACCCUGUACCUGUGAAGCCAGUGUCCCGACCAGCCCGUGCGGCUCACAUCUGCUCCAUCUGCAGCAAGCAGUUCAAGAACAGCUACAACCUGCGGCGCCAUCAGUCCGUCCACACCGGCAUCCGCAUGAAGACAGGCGCCCAGAACCAAGAGGCCCAGGCCAAGGACAGCUCGGAAAAACACACAGUGCUCCUCUCUCUCCUGCACCUGCAGCAGCAGAGCCAAACGCUGCCCCCGCCCACCGUCAUGCCCGCUCAACACACACAAAUCCUGGCUCCUCCGGACGGGAACGACGUGGCCAUGGAGAGCGUGGCGUCCACUGUGACCGCCCUCCCUCCUCCGCCGCCGGUCGUCAUGGCAACAGGGGAGCCUGUGCAGAGACCGGUAAACCAGAACCCUAACCCUGUACGCAAGAACCACGCAUGCGAGACCUGCGGUAAAGCCUUCAGGGAUGUGUACCACCUGAACAGACACCGGCUCUCCCACUCGGACGAGAAGCCGUUCUCCUGCCCGAUCUGCCAGCAGCGCUUUAAGAGGAAGGACCGCAUGAGCCAUCAUGUCAGAUCCCACCAGGGAGGCGUGGAGAAACCCUACGUGUGCCCGCACUGUGCGAAAGCUUUCUCACGGCCCGAUCAUCUCAAUAGUCACGUCAGACAGGUCCAUUCUUCAGAACGCCCCUUCAAAUGUCCGACGUGUGAAUCCAGCUUCGCCACGCGGGACCGUCUGCGCGCUCACAUGAUCAGACACGAAGAGAAGGUUCCCUGUCACAUCUGUGGCAAACUGCUGUCAGCUGCUUACAUCACAGAUCACAUGAGAGUACACAACCAAUCACAGCAUCACUCCUGCCACCUCUGCAAUCGCAGUUUCACCACGCUGACGUACCUGCGGGUGCACGCUCAGAAGCACCACGGCCAGGAGUGGAAGGAGAGCGGCGGAGGCUUCGGCAGCACCGGCUCCGGCGGCAUCCUGGUCUGCCAGCUCUGCGGCGUGCACUGCAAGACCCCCACACAGCUGCAAGGCCACAUGGGUACCCACAACCCCCCUGCCAGCGACCCCAGUCCCAUCAUCACGACCACCACCACCACCACCAGUGAAGCCAUGCCCGGCAGCACCGUCACCCUCUGCAACAUGGUCUCGGCGCCCACAGUGUUCGUGAGCGGAAACACGGUGGUGGAUCUGCUGGUGACCGACUGCUCCAGCAUCAUCCCGCAGCCUCAGAGCUAGCAGAGCAGGCCUGUAGCGCACACACUUUUACACUAGUAUCCACCUUAUUUUUCUGUCACGAUAUCGAUUUUUGUCGUACGAUUUAUCGCACCAAAAUAUAUCGCGAUAAAUGAUAUUAUUCUCAUUUUAAGACCAUUAUAUAAUGCCAGAAUGGCAAUAUAAUAUCAACACAAUGCAAAAGAACACAUCAUGUUUUAUUCUUAAGUGUAUUUAAUUGAAUUAUAGUCAUUUUAACAAUUUAAUAUUCAGACAUUGGAAUCCGAAUGUGAAAAUGGAUAUCAUAAACAAAAUAAUAAUAAUAAUUAAUAAUAACAGAAGCUGCAAUAUCUGCAAUCUAUUUUCAGCUGACACAUGAAGAUAUACUACAGUAAUUUAUAGUAAAUAAUAUAGUGUUUUCUAACCAUACUGACAACUCCAUAAGAGAUAGAAAUGUUGGACAAUCAGCUGAAAUGUUACUAAAAUUGGUCUAUGUAUUUUUUUAAAUUAAUAAAUUAUGGUUUACUCGCCAUUUGUUAUUUAAGAUGUGAAUUUUUUAAGGAGAAACGUUUUCAUUUUUAGUUUACUAUGGUAAACAAAUUUUUUUCUUACUGACAUGCACAGAUGAAUUGUCCACGACGAAACUAGCACUGUAAGCUAAUGAAAUCAAUAUGGUUAGUUUUCUUGUGUCCUUUUAAGGUGAAGGAACCAACAGAAAAAAACUGCUUGUUUUGGUAAUCAAAAUUUGACUCCUUUCGUUCUGGAACGACGAUCUUUCACUGAUGACGACAGUUUGACGGAUUGGUCGAAAUCUGCUUAGCCACGCCCUUCUACUAGUUUGUUGCAAGUGAAAGAAGAGAGAAAAAGUCCAAAAAUAAGCCCCGCCCCCUAUUCAAUAUUCCAUUUCAGUAAGAAAUAAGUCUGUCGCAGCACUUUUGUUUGCAUAGACUUUUUAAAAGUUAGCUAGCCACUAAAAGCGACGCAAUCACAAUACAACAAAGGCUGCCGCCUACGACGUAGUAGGUGCUGCAUUUGAAAUGUAUACUUGGCCAUUAGAAAAGGGCGUUAUAUACAACAUGAAUGUCAGUAGUAUGAAUUGAACUCGGACAUACUACAUCUACCGUUUUGUCAUCGUGACCUACCUGCAUCAGUUGCAUUGGUUCACUCCCAUUCAUGAGUCUUCUCAUGGUGCAUCAUGGGAGAGCAUAGCGUCCAUCCGAUGCGUACUUCAGAAUCUCGCCGGAAGUAUUAAGUCAUCCGGGUACUUCUUGCAUACUGUUUUUAUAAUACUAUGAAUUUGGACAUACUCGGAUCGCACUACUCUUUUUAGCGUACUAUAUAGUAUGAAAGUAUGCGAUUUCAGACACAGCCUAAGUGAUUUGAAGGAAAUCUAACAUAAUAUAGUGGUUAAAAAUAAGGUGGAUACUACAACACUCACAGUAGCUACUACACACACACACUUAAACACACACAUGUAUGACUCAAAACAGCCAUUUACACUCUAAAGAACCACAAGACGCCAAGGAGAAACUGUGAAACGAGGCAUUCUGGGUGGAAGUUGCUCACGCAUACAAUGACAACUACUGUAGCAUGAAACACCUCUGGAUGAUGCACAUAUUAAGACAUAGUCGCUUUACACUUAUCCCUUUCAAAAAAACAAAACAAAAGUUAAAGUAUGUUUUCUUGUCUCGCCGAGAGGACUAUUCGGUCUUCCGAUGCCAUCUUGGCUAAACAAGAAGGAUCAGGGCUUAAAUGUGGGAAGAUGGCACCUAAAACUCAAUCCACUCACUUUUAUUCUAUCACAGAAUAGCAUUUAUAUAUAUAUAUUUUUGUUUGUUUUGGCUUUGGAGCUCAUUGGUUUUCGUUGCAUGGAAGAGAGCAGCUCAGACAUUCUGCUGAAUAUCUUCUUUAGUGUUCUUCGGAGCAGAGAAAGUCAUAUGGGUGAGUAAAUGAUGUGAAGCAUCGCUGUUAGGCAAAAAAAAAAAAAGGUUUGUCUUCUUUCUUCUUCAUCUUUUCUGUUUUCAUCGCUGCAGGACUCUGAUGAUACUGUGAUUUGUGUGUUGCUACUGUAUUUCCUCUGCCUGUUAUAUGAUUUCUCGUCUGUUUGCUGGCAUUCAAUGCUAUGAACUAGCCUCAAGAUCCAUUCAUAAGUCAUAAUAGUUUUGGUGAUUCGGAUGAAAGGCUAAAAGCAGGAUAAAAAAAAUGAAAGAUAUAAGAGACUUGAACAAAUAGAUGAUUUAUUUACGUAAUAUCCAGCAAAACGGAGAAGCGCAUACAUGCAUAUUUGAGUAUUGUUAUUAGGUUAUAUUCUUGACACCUCAAAAUCAAAGACAUUGCUUGGGUUAUAGGUUUUUUUUUACGUGUACGUGUGUGAUUGUGACAUUUAUUAUUAAUUUCCAAAACAUUUCCCAUUACAGUAAUAUAUUUGAACACUAACAUUCAAAGGAUUGGAGUCACUACGGUGUUUUUAAACAGUUAUGCUAAUCAAGCUGUGCUAAGUUGAUCAAAAUAUACAGUAAAAACGUAAAAAAUUACUACUUCAUGAAAAGUUUUUCUGUUUUAUUAUAUUUUAAAAUGUCAUUUAUAUCAUUUAUUAUGUAAAUCAGUGUUCUUUUAUGACUUUAAAAGGGGUCUUAUGCAAAAAUCACUUUUAUAAGGGGGUGUGUUGCAACUGAGUAAAUAUAACCAGCCUGUAAUGAGAGAAAUUAAUUAAUUCUGUUUUUUUUAUGAUCACACAUCAUAAAAACAGCCUGCAGAAACACUUUGAUUGACGUUCUCCUUUUGUAGAAGCCCCGCCCAUUAAUGACGAUCUCUCCCUCAUUAACAUAGACAGCCCUGAGUGAGAAGCAGUCGUCUGCCUUUAUAGUUAUUAAGUAGCCUAGCAUGAUGAACACACUUGAUAAAAACAGUCUGCAGAAACACUGAUUGACAUUCUCCCUUUGUAGAAGCCCCGCCCAUUAAUGACGAUCUCUUCCUUAUUAACAUAGACAGCCCUGAGUGAGAAGCAGUCGUCUGGCAUUAUAGUUAUUAAGUAGCCUAGCAUGAUGAACACACUUGAUAAAAACAGUCUGCAGAAACACUGAUUGACAUUCUCCCUUUGUAGAAGCCCCGCCCAUUAGUGACGAUCUUUUCUUUAUUAGCAUAGACAGCCCUAAGUUAGAAGCGGCUAUCCACUGUCAUAGGUAAUAGGUAUUAUAGCAUGAUGAUCACACUUGAUAAAAACAGUCUGCCGAGACACUUUAAUUGAUAUUCCCCUUUUGUUUCUUGUCAUCAGAGGGGGGAAAGCCCCACCCAUUAGUGAUUAUUUCUUCCUCAUUUGCAUAGACAGCCCUGAGUGGGAAGCAGCCAUCCGCUAAUAUAGUUAAUAAGUAGCAUAGCAUACUGAUCACAUUAGACAAAAGCAGUCUGCAGAAACACUCUUAUUGACAUUCUUACUUUGUAGAAACCCCGCCCAUUAGUGACGAUCUCUCCCUCGUUAACAUAGACAGCCCUGAGUGAGAAGCAGCCAUCCACCAUUAUAGUUAAUAGGUAGCAUAGCAUGAUGAACACACUUGAUAAAAACAGUCUGCAGAGACACUUUGAUUGACAUUCUCCCUUUUUAUGUGUCAUCAGAGGUGGAAAGCCCCGCCCAUUAGUGACAUUCUCUCCCUAUUGAGCGUAAAUAGCCCUAAGUGAGAAGCAGUCAUCCGCCAUUAUAGUUAAUAAGUAGCAUAGCAUGAUGAACACACUUGAUACAGUCUGCAGAAACAGUUUGAUUGACAUUCUCCCUUUGUAAGUGUCAUCAGAGGGGGAAAGCCCCACCCAUUAGUGACCAUUUCUCUUUCAUUAGCAUAAACAGCCCUGAGUGAGAAGCAGCCGUCCGUCAUAAUAGUUAAUAGGUAACAUAGCAUGAAAAACACACUUGAUAAAAACCGUCUGCAGAGACUCUCUGAUUGACAUUGUCCCUUUGUAGAAGCCCCGCCCAUUAGUGAUGAUCUCUUCCGCAUUAACAUAAACAGCCCUGAGUGAGAAGCAGUCGUCUGCCGUUAUAGCUAAUAAGUAGCAUAGCACAAUGAUCAGACUUAGUAAAACAGUCUGCUGAAACACAGAUACAUUUUUUACAUUUAUUAGGUAAGACCGUAAUGAGAAAGGAAGCAAAGUGGGAGCGAGAGGCGGGCAGGGUCGGAAAAUGUCCUUGAGCCGGGAUUUGAACUCGGGACAUCCUGAGGUGCUACAGCACCAUUUUGUCGGCGUGCUAACCACUAGGUUAUUGCGCCAACCUGCAGAAACACUUUGAUUGAUUCUCCCUUUGGAUGUGUCAUCAGAGGAUGGAAAGCUCCGCCCAUUUAUUGACGAUCUCUCCCUCAUUUGCAUAGACAGCCCUGAGUGAGAAGCUGCCAUCCGCCAUUAUAGUUAAUAGGUAGCAUAGCAUAAUAAGUCCCCUUUAAAGUUAAAAACUUGCAGACCUAGUUUUUACUGUAAAUUUUGAUCAAUUCAAUGCAUUUUUUUCUAAAGCUAUUCAAUUAUUUGCACAAACGUAAUAUAUUUGAUUCUCAAUAAUCCUGAAUAUCAUGACAGUGUUUUUGCACUGUCUUUUAAAAACAUUAAUUACUCAUGAUAUAGUAAUAUUAAUAAAAAUAAUGUCACGUUGUCAAAAAUCAUACCCCGUUUAUCUUUAUACUAAAAAAAUAAUUCUUUUAUUCACACAUCCAAUCAUGUCUGUACAGCACUGGCCAAAUAAUUAAACUCUGAGUCUGUGCAGCUCUGAAUUUGUCACCGAUUAUCCAUGUUAGGUAAAAAAUAAAAAGUGAAGCAUUGAAAUUGGAUUAUGGAAACUUUAAACAACUCGCCAAUGAAAAUCCAAAGUGAAAAGACCCCCAUUUUAUUUUUAUUAUUAUAUUAUUUUAGUUUAAAGUAGGACUGUUUUAGUAAAAUGUAGCCGGUUUAAUUUUUUAUGUUGUGUGAGACGAUCAUUUGUAAGUGAAAGAAUAUUACAUUUAUAAGUCUAUAGGAUGUUUGUGAGCGUGAUGAUUUGGCCAUGACUGUACUGUGAGGUUUUAAAAUAUACACUUUUAUUUUUUCAAUGAUUAUCCUCUUGAUUAGGGCUGGGCGCUAUGGCAAAAAUGAAAUCUCGAUGGUCAUUUUCCAUAUUGAAUGAUAACGAUAUAUAUUUCGAUAUAAGUUUUUAACGCUUCCAGAUUUAAAAGAGUCUCCCAACAAUGAUUUAAGCCACAAAAAUUAGAGGGUCCAUUAAGCGCGUACUCGCACUAUGUACAGUUGCCUUGAACCGGGCCGAAGCACACUUGUUCCCCCUCCCGUCUCCCCCAACGGCUUACACUCGCAUAGCAUUCGGGCCUGAGCAAUCUUACGUCAUCGAUGAUGCGCUGUUCAGUGGAGAAGCGCUCUCGCUCAGCACAGUGGAGAUUUCUUUAUACCGUUUUAAGUCAUUUGAGAUGCAGUGACGCAUCUUUCGCCGAACAGAUCAGCCACUUUUAACACUCAUAAACAAUCAUAAAGCCCUCGUUCUGCAGGAAUUAGGAGGUUUGCUAAAGGUGCAACUGUCGUACAGUGAGGGGUUUGCAUCUUUAAUAAUCUACGACAGUUUGCGUUCAUUGAACAGUAACAAUGAUUAAUAAAUCCAUAUGAAACAGCCCUUUAAAAGUCACGUCUCGUCUUCAGUUUCGGGUAGCAAUGUGCGAUACCACUGGUUUCCUAUCUGAAACCAAGUAAAAUGAAGGCGAGUAUACCGCCCAAAUUUUACUGUUUGGGAAAUGAAAGUAACAAGUAGUGUACUUAAAAGUGUCCCUUCAUACUGAAUACGAGAAAUAUUACAGGUUAUUCUUGUUUAUUGUUUAUUGAUGAAGAAUUAUCAUCCAAAAAAAGAGCCAGCUUACAUAUUUAUAGACAGCAUCUGAGCAUGUAUAUCUGAAAACGCCUGCCUGAACAUCUUUAAAAAAAAAAAAAAAUUCACACUUCUACCUCCAUUGAUAUGUUAAUCCGGUUCCCCUGAAAGUGUUUUAACCUUCUUGCGUUGUUUAUCCUUGUCACUAAAAAUCCAAGCCCCCAAAAUACAGCCACAUCGCCACAUUUUCUCCCACUGUACCUGGAUUGUGCCUGUCUGCUGCACCUAAGGCGAUGUCUGUCUCGCCCUUGCAGCACCUGUGCCUCUCCUUUCCUCCUCUUCUGACCACCUAGUCAUCAUGACUGUCAUAUUCUGUCUUGUGAUUUAUAUGCAGAUGUUUGAUUAGGUUUGUGGUAUUACAACAGUACCUCACUGUUUUGUUACACGCAACACAAACCACACAGUUGGUGGAAGUGAAGUAGCUCCACAUAUACCGUAACAACAUGUGCCAGUGGCUAGCUAGCGUGCUUUGUAGUUGUACACUGCCAUAUUACGCACAUGACUUGGCAGGCGGAAGAACAAGUAGUUCCGACAAAGUUGGCAAUAUUCAGAUAAACUAGGGUAAUUGUGGUUACUUUCCACUGUAUUUCUAUUUCCAAUAAACUUAAUAUUUGCUCCAAAUUAUUGAAAUAUUGAUAUUUUGAUGAGAAAAAAGAUUCUUAAACAUAUAAAGCUGGUAUCGGAGAUAUCGAUAUUUCAGUAUCGAUCCGCACAUCACUAGUUUCGGGCUCAGGCGUGGUUUGCACUCACACUACAAGUGUGAGCCUAAGUGAACUGCGCUUUGGCACCGGACCAGGGCCGGCCAAGUGAAUCGCACCUGAGCCCAAAUUAGAGCCUUUACCCUUCUCAAACGGUCCAGGAAACGGGCCUAGGCCUGGUUCGGAUUGCAUAGUGUGAGUACGUCCUAAAUGGCAUAAUAACUUUUUGAUAGUCGAAAAUUCAGUACAUCUCUUAUAUGAACACCCUUUUAGAUUUCAUUGUUGUACAUUUCUGCUUCUAGAUCAAUAUAGAGUAAAAAAAGUCCAGAGCUUAUCAUAAUCGACGUUUUAUCGCGAUUCGAUAUAGUAUCGUUUAUCGGCCCAGCCCUAGUCUGGAUCUAAUUCAUGUAGUAGAAUAAGAAACGCUGAAACUCUGAAUCCUCUGGCUGAUUUUACACAAUGAGGUGCUGAAGUAGGAAAUUCAAAGAGAGGGCUAAUAUAGGACGUAAUAUUUAAACGCUUCGCUGUUUACCUUCAUGUUAUAUUUAAUUUUGAGCAGCGUCAGCGGAGAGUAGCUGCCGUCACUACUUCCAUUAAGACUUUUAGCCUUUAGUUUUUGUAGAAGAUUGUUUCUUUAGUUGUGAAUGGUGUGUUUAAAGAAGGGCUUAAUUAUGUACGCUUAAGUGAUGCAAGGAAAUAAAACUCUUUUACUAGCGCAAGGUUUAAAAACAAUUGGAGCUUCUUGGUUUUGUACUGGAGUGAUUCGUUUGAUCGGUUUAGUGUUGGUACUGUAUAUCUGGAUAUUCACAAGGCUUAAUAUUUUUUUUUUAAUUGGAGAUUUGUUCCUGUCUAGAAAAAACAAACAAAAAAAAAAUAACAAUGUAGGUGUCGUUAUAAGCUUCAGAUCAUAUUUAGGUUGUUCUCUUUUUAGUUUAGCAUUAAGCUGAAAUGAUACCUCUAAUCUCCUGUACAGCUCCGGCAAUGCAUCUCAAUGCCUUAUUGUACUCUACCACUUGUAAUUCGUCAAACACUACAACUAUUUUAAAUUAUAGUCGACCAAUCGGUAAAACAACAAAAAAGGAACGUAAAAUAAUAACGGGAUGUAUUUAUAUUUAUAUUUUUAUAUUUCUCAGCAGUAUGCAUGUCUAUACACAGAGCGAAACGAAAAUGUUGAUGCUUACCAUGAUCAUGGAUUAUUAUGUUAUUAUUUUGUAGAUGAUGUAGAUCAUGUUAUCAUUUUGUAAUUUUUGACUAUUAAAAGGAAAUGGAGUAAUCAUA